CAACCACAAGCACCCUGAUGAUGCUCGACGCCAUUGAUGCGCAGACACCGGGUUUCCCCCAAUUCGAGCCCAGCACUUCACGCAUCGAGAUCGAUCCCAAUGGUGAUGUCGACUUUGUUCUAAAGACCGCAAACAGGCAGCAAUACCCAGUUACAGGGGCACCCCCGGCAAGGCGAAGAGCAGAUCCUGCAAAUGACAGAGAGGAGGCAAAGGACGAGUACCGCUUCCGAGUCUCGUCGCGAUGUCUCAGCGCCGCGUCGCCAAUCUGGAGCCGGACCUUCAACGGGCCACGAAGGCAGCUACCACGUAAUGAAGGGGCAAGGCUCGAGCAGGUCACGCUCGAUAUGCUGACCCAGAUUGCGGUCCUGGUCGACUACUACAAGUGCCACGAGGCCACGGACAGUGCCGUGUCCGCCUGGAUCAACGCCCUGGAGCAGGACCCGGCCACUAAACCGCCCGCACACCACGGAAGAGAAAGCGUCAUGUGGCUGUUCGUCGCAUGGGUCUUCGCCAGGCCCGAGACAUUCACCGACCUGGCAGCCCUUGCGAUAUACAUGUCUGAAAGCCCGAUGGAGGGGAUGUCGCUGCCCUUCCCCGGUGCUUUUGUCUAUGCCAUUGACAACGCCAGGCACAAGGCGAUUGAGGAUUUCCUGGACAACACCCUCUUGCUGCGCGACUCCCUGAUCGACCCGGCCUGGCAGUGUCCAGCCCAGCCAGACCUCAGCGCUCAGUGUUCCUCGAUGCUGCUCGGCCAGCUCGUGCGCUUCCUGGUGAAUCAUCUCGGCAUGGAUGUCUUCAGCAGCAAUGGCCAGCCGAACCGCCCUUUCUACGGCAUCAGUGCGAAGAAGCUCGACGCCGCCAUCAGAGAAGGCCUGCCGCACUUGUCAUGGCGCGGGCCACGCGAAAUCGCAACAGCGGACGAGACGGCGAAUGAGCACUGCUUGGUGCAUCAGUGUAGUCUCAGAGACAUGAUGCAGCCCUUCGUGGAGAAGAUGAGAAAGGAAAUCCCGGCCUUGUUGUUGGAGGACUUUCCUAAGCACCAGCUUGCUUCCUAGCGUUCAUGGCAUGCUUAUCGUCCGUCAAAGAUAUAAACUGGUCUGCAUAUAUGAGCUCGGCUUUGGGUAGCGGGAGAUUGCCGGUUGAUGGGAGAUUCACCAUAUUCAGAGACAAAUGCGAGAUUCUUGGGCAACA